GAGAAAUAAAAAUAUAUUUUUGAGUAAAAUAUUUUAUUUUUCUAAAAAUAUAUGAAAAACAAAAAAUAGAGAGCAAAUGAGCAUUGAUACUGAGAGAGUCGUCCUCAAAUUUCAACAACACUGAAUUUUGAUGCAAUAUUCAUUCCCUUCCCAUGUGAUGUGUUGACCUUUUUUCCUCUCUUCAAUUUCAUUCACAGAGACAAAUUUCAUUGCUACUACACUCUACAACAUGCUCUGCACUUCCAUCUCCUCCUCUUCCCUUUUCACUCCUCCUCUUCAUCUCCGCCACCGUCCACCACCACAUUUCCCCGCCGCCAAUUUUCACCCUUUUCCCUCCAUUCAACUAACCCAUUCUCACCCUUUUCGCCUUUCUGCCCUUCCCAUAUUCACCGCCAACAACAACAAUGGUGGUAGUGGUAGUGGUGGUGGUGGUGGUUUCUGGGGUAAUAAUAACCCUUUUGACUCAGAUGAUGAUGAUUCUUCUUCAGGUUCUCGUUACACCCUUUUCUUUACCUUACUAUUCUCUUCCAUUACAUUUUGUUUCUGCAACCUCCUUCUAACCAAAUUCGCUAUGGCAAAUGUUGCAAAUAACCCUUCUUUAUCAUCAUCUUCUGAUCAAAAUCAAAUUUUGACACAACCCAUUUACGAAUUCAAAGCUGGAAACUUAAUCAAGAUUUUCCCUGAUUAUUUAAAUGACAUUUUCAUUGCUUCCAAUCCUGGGUUGUUUUCGGAAUUAUCUUCCCUUAAAUCUUCACAAGUUCCAAGCUUUUUAUAUAACAAAUGCAGGGAAUUCUUUGUUAGGUUAAUGCUUCCUGAAGGUUUUCCUAACAGUGUGACAAGUGAUUAUUUGGAGUAUUCAUUGUGGAGAGGAGUUCAAGGUGUUGCUUGUCAAGUUAGUGGUGUUUUGGCAACUCAAGCUUUGCUUUAUGCUGUUGGAUUGGGAAAAGGGGCUAUUCCAACUGCUGCUGCUAUUAAUUGGGUGCUUAAAGAUGGAAUUGGGUAUCUUAGUAAGAUUUUGUUGUCUGAUUUCGGUCGGCAUUUUGAUGUUAAUCCUAAAGGGUGGAGAUUGUUUGCUGAUCUUCUUGAAAAUGCUGCUUUUGGUUUGGAAAUGUGUACUCCUGCUUUUCCUCAUUUGUUUGUGCCUAUUGGUGCUUUUGCUGGUGCUUCUCGCUCUGCUGCUUCUUUGAUUCAGGCUUCAACCAGGAGCUGUUUCUUUGCUGGUUUUGCUGCUCAAAGGAAUUUUGCUGAGGUAAUUGCUAAAGGUGAAGUUCAAGGAAUGGCAAGCAGGUUUAUUGGUAUUGGGCUUGGUAUAGGACUGGGUAACUGCAUAGGCUCUUCCACGCCUCUUGUUCUUGCUUCUUUUUGCGUCGUGACUUGGAUCCACAUGUACUCAAAUCUAAAGUCAUACCAGUCCAUUCAAAUACGGACUUUAAAUCCUUAUCGUGCAAGUUUGGUUUUCAGUGAAUAUCUACUGAGUGGUCAAGCUCCUCCGGUUAAAGAGGUCAAUGCCGAGGAGCCACUAUUUCCAGCUGUACCGAUAUUAAAUGCAUCUUUUGCAAACAAAGCACAAUCAAUUGUUUUAUCAUCUGAAGCAAAAGAUGCAGCUGUAGAAAUUGAAAGCCGUCUGCAGCUUGGAUCAAAACUUAGUGAAAUUAUCAACAAUAAGGAGGAAGUGCUUGCUCUCUUUUCACUUUAUAAAAAUGAAGGCUACAUCUUGUCUGAGCACACGGGAAAAUUCUGUGUGGUGCUUAAAGAAAAUUGUUCACAGGUGGAUAUGCUCAAGGCAUUGUUUCAGGUUAACUAUCUUUAUUGGUUAGAGAAGAAUGCAGGAAUUGAAGGAAGAGGAGCCCUUUAUGACUGUAAACCCGGUGGUAGGCUGCAGAUAUCUCUAGAAUACGCGGAAAGAGAAUUCAAUCAUGUUAGAAAUGAUGGAGAAUCAGUUGGUUGGAUCACAGACGGGCUUAUUGCAAGGCCUUUGCCUAACAGGAUUCGGCCGGGAAAUACAGAGUGAGUAGCUGAUAUGGUGAAUGGCUGGUGGUUUUUCGUACCAGAACACUUACUGCAUUGUUUUUCAAGGGCAUUGAUUGGUUAGUUGACGAUGGUGCAAAACAUGCAAAUCUGCUGAUGUAAUGGCAGGAAAACAACUUCAAAUUGUUGAAGCCACAUGGUGUGACUAAAAUCACAAGCCAAAAUGCCAAUUAACCUGCCUUUUGUCAAUGUCAGUGAUUGGACUGACCUGGAAAUAACUGGGAAACAGAAAACAAGAAAGAUUUUAAGCGGAAGAUCGAUUGCCUCAUACCCAUAGUUUGAAGUAAUUGGUUUGAGAUGUGUGUCUAAAUGUUAAACUUCUUUUGCUUGCUCCUGAGCUAAAUUUGUAUAGUUUGCACAAAAUCUCUCUCACACACAAAUUUGAUGUUAUUUGACAAAUAUACACCGUGUUUGUGCCUCAAAUGAUACAAAUACCUACAUGCCAUUUUGCUAAAAUAGAUAGAUAGGAUUUUGCAACUUUUGUAAUAUUUUUGUUAUCAUCAAGUCUAUAAGGAGAGUCUAAAGAUUAGUUCAAUAAGUAGCAGAAUCUCAUGACUUCAAGGAUUACAACGAGCUUUCUUAUCUACUCAACAUGGUAUCUCAUAA